GGGAAAACAGUUUGCGUUCUUCAACGUUCUUGAACAUUUCGAUAUGGGGUGCGCAAGUAGUAACCCACUCGUUGAAGGUGGCAAAAAUCUUGUUACCACCGCGAAAGAAUCUGUCAAUGAUGUUGUUGCGAAAGGAGAACAUACUAUUCAUGAAGCUGGUGAUGCGGCCAAAGAAGGAAUGGAACACGUAAAAGAAGCAGUUGAAUCAGCGAUGAAUACAGUUGAAAAUAGUCUUGGAAAUGUAGUCGGAAAAGUUUCUAACACAUUCAAUUCAACAAAAAAUAACGUCGCCGAAACCAUUGACGCCACAAAAGAAAAUAUUACUGAAGCUGUUUCUGAUGCAGAAACGGUUGUUAUAUCCGAAAAAGACAACGCGAAAGAAAUGUUAUCAACGGCUGCGUCGAAAACAUUUAAAAGAAUUGAUAGCAUGACCGAUGAAUUUGGUGAAGCGAUCACUGAAAGGAAAGAAGAGGUUGUGGAUUCGUUACAUAUUGAAGAUAUCGAACAAAGUAUUGACACGAUAGACACCAACUACAAGGAUAUGAAAAGGAAAGCUGAAGAUCUUGUGAAUGGUUUAUCAACCCCUAGUCCCCAACCACCGACAUCAUCGGAAAUCGAGCACGAGGACAAGAAGGAGGAACCACCGCCAACAUUUUGGGAGGCAGCAGCAGAUGCAAUUCUUCAACAAAAAUUGAGACCUUCCUUGGACUUAGAGGACACCUCAGAACUUGAAACGGAAGUCGGGUCUGAAUCAGAAACUACUAAAAGACAAGAUUCUAUCGAAAGUGACACCGAAUUACCGUAUGACGAUGACGAUCCACUAGGAAUAAUCAAUGGAAAAGACUUAAUGCGUCCUCCCGAAAUCGUGAUUAAUAGCGAAAACCUUUCCAUAAAGUCCUAUAAGAGCGAAACGUAAGGAAAUCGUGUAAUAAUGUUUUAAUUGACGUUAUUUUGUGUACUUACCAAUAAUAUUGGUGUUUUAAUCAAUAUUUAUGAUAUAAACCUGCAAAGAAAAUCGUUACCUUCUUGGAAAAGAACAUUAUGUAUCAAUACUAUGACGAGUUAACAGUGUAUAUGUAUAGUGAACGUGUGAUCGAUAUGAACGGUUUAGAAUAUUGGGUUAGAAAAUUGGUUUAGAUAAUACAUAGGUGAUGAUUUCAGAAUCUGGUGGGGUUUAAACUUUUUUUGUCAUUCCAGAUAUGGUGCUAUGUGGAAUAAAAUAUUAUGUAUACAUUUUAAUCCUAGAUAAUAUUUUUAUAAGAUUAUUGUUAUGACGUUAAGAAAAGUUUUAAGUUAUACUUACAGAUUAAUCAUGAACUGGUUAGAUAAUGUUAAAUGAAAAACUUCAUAUAAAUAUA